CUGCAAAAUCAGCCUCUGUCAUUAUGAGCAUCUCGGAAACGAUAAAGAACAUUGAUGCAGCCGCCAUCUCUUUCUCUUCGGCUGCUCCUGGAACCGUUCCUGAGUCCGAAAGGCAACUGCUCUUAGCAGCUACGAAGGGACUACAGAAUGCUAUCGAGUCGCCCAUCGACACUGUUGUCUCUAUUGCUCUUGGUGCACAUCGAUCAGCAGCAAUCAGGACUGCAAUGGAUUUGGGGUUGUUCACUGCCUUGAUUGAUGUCCAGGAAGUAGGUAUAACCUCAAAAGGUUUAGGAGAGAAGACUGGAGGUGACCCUGUAUUGAUCACUCGACUGAUGAGAUUCCUGGUGGCGAUGGGAUUUGCAAAAGAACUUGACAUAGAUCUAUACAUUUCAACGCCCAAGACAGGAUAUUUCGCAGCUGGUUCUCCGCUUCAAGCUCCUAUCACCCACUUGGCAUCAUGCGCAAGAGUUAUCGUCAGACUCGCAGAUUAUUUUCGCGAGACAGGCUACAAAAAUCCCACAGAUGCCUACGACUCAGCCUUCCAAUUUGCCAUGGGAACCGACCUGCAGUACUGGGAUUGGCUUAAGGCCGAUCAAUUACAACAAGAAGCCUUCAACGCAACAAUGGCCCUCACACGUCUCCACCGCGGUGAGCCUUGGUUCGAAUUCUUCCCAGUCGAAUCUCGAUUCGGAAGCACACCAGCGGAUGCUCCUCUCCUCGUUGAUAUCGGUGGUGGUCUCGGCCAUGACUUGGCUGCAUUCCAAGCCCGCUUCCCAAAUCUUCCGGGAAAGUUAAUCCUACAGGACCUUCCUGUGGCAAUCGACGAUAUCAAGGAACUUUCUCCAAGUAUCGAGAGGGUGAAACAUAACUUUUUCGAUCCUCAGCCAGUGAGAGGCGCCAAAGCCUAUUACCUUAGGCAAGUACUGCACGAUUGGCCUGAUAAGCAAUCUCUGGAGAUUUUGACGAAUAUCAAAGAAGCGAUGACGGAAGAGAGUGUGUUGCUUUUGAACGAAAACUUCUUGCCGGAAAAGAAUGUACCAUUGUACAAUGCAGAGAUUGAUUUCAGCAUGCUGGCAAUGUUCUCUGCAGCGGAGAGAACCGAGAAACAAUGGGUUGAUCUACUUGAACGGGCUGGACUUGAGGCCAAGAAAGUUUGGUAUCCGAAAGAGAGGUUAGAUGCCAGUGCGACUUUGUUUGAGGCUGUCAGAAAGUAUUGAAAUCGGGACGUGGCAGGCACAACUGAUCCAGUCAGCUGUUCUUUGAUCUAUAGGAUAUCCCAUGUUCAAUACCAGUCAAAUUGAUCAC